AUAGAGAACAUCAAGCUAUGCAAACACAUACCCGAGGCCGACGUGGGGGAGUUGUGUAGCAAGGUGAUUGAGUUGCUUAUCGAAGAAGCCAAUAUACAACAAGUGGAUACUCCUGUGACUAUCUGCGGCGAUAUCCAUGGCCAGCUCCAUGAUUUGAUAACACUAUUCAAGACUGGUGGUGAAUGUCCAGGCACCCAGUACUUAUUUUUAGGAGACUUUGUAGACCGAGGCUUCUAUUCACUCGAAAGCUUUUUGCUUUUGAUGGCACUUAAAGUGCGGUACCCCGACCGUAUCACUCUCAUUCGAGGAAAUCAUGAAUCAAGACAGAUUACUACCGUAUAUGGAUUCUACGAUGAAUGUGUGAGGAAGUACGGUUCUGUCAACGUCUGGCGCUAUUGCUGCGAAGUUUUCGACUACUUGUCACUAGGAGCCAUUGUAGGAGGUAGAGGCGGUGUAUUCUGUAUUCACGGCGGCUUGAGUCCAGACAUCGACACCGUAGACCAGAUCCGUAUACUCGAUCGUAAACAGGAGGUACCGCACGAGGGUGGUAUGUGCGACUUGCUUUGGUCAGACCCUGAGGAUGUGCCUGGUUGGGCUAUCAGCCCGCGUGGAGCAGGCUUCUUAUUUGGCGAGAACGAGGUCAAGACCUUCCUACAUACCAACAACAUCUCAUUGAUUGCGCGAGCGCAUCAGUUGGUGAUGGAAGGGUACAAGGAGAUGUUCAACCAGGGCUUAGUCACGGUGUGGUCAGCACCUAAUUACUGCUAUCGGUGUGGGAACAUCGCCUCUGUGCUCACUGUCGACGAUAACCUCAAUCGUGAGUACAAGGUGUUUGAAGCUGCGACGCAGGACGUCAGCAACAUUCCUUCCAAGAAGCCUGCCAUAGACUAUUUCAUAUGA